UGUUACUAGUGCAUUUUAUUCACUGCAGCCAUUUGCAACAACCGAGACAUGUAGCUUACAUGAAAGCUCCUGCUGGAGUCAACUCAUGGGGGACGCGAAGGUGAACAAGAAGCCCAUGUGGGCCAUGACCGAAGGAGAAAGAGAGGAACAGGAAGAUGUUGACGCUGGCUAUCUCAUCAACUUCGUUGAAGACUUGGAUUAUGACGAGUACAUCCACGACCUGGAGUUCCGAGAGUGCCUCCAAGCAAUCGCAGACCGCGCCAAGCGUUUGCAGCGAGAGCAAGAAGCUUUCAAGGACUCUUUGCUGCGCGAACUAAACCAAAGCGAACCGCUGAUGGAGGAAAUUCAUGCCUCCAGAAGUGGUCCAAGAGACGGAGAGCGACCUGAAUGGGAUGCUGCAACGCUGGAAACGCCUCAGGCGGUUUGACAUUUUGUGUUCUCGUGGAUCCUGCAACCACCCGCAGCAGGACUCGGCUGCAAAGGCUUUGGCCGAGAAAGCGUGGCAGGAGGGUAAUUUCAAGGCCGUUCAUUCCAAGACCUCUCUGCGGAAAAUUGCUGAGAGAGAAGUGGAGAAGCUGUAAAGGACGUGAGAAAUGCGCGGACCUGUCCGCAACUUUUGGAAAGUGAAAGAGGUUCAGGAUCCUCUUCUCAUUAGCCUUCGUGGACGUAGCUGUUCAUCUCAACGAGAAAUGCUUCAGUGUCGAAACAGAUGCCUUGAGGCCUUGGGUGAGUUUGAAGAAGUAAUAGUAUUACUACCAGUAACAAGAAG